AUGGAAACGGACGAGGAUCGGUCAAAGUUUGACCGACACUUGUUCAGCGUUCUGGCAGAAUGUUCUCAUGUGACCAAGCAGAACAACUGUUUAAGUGGCAUGCAUUCACAAUGUGAGUUCAUUAGGUGGCUGACAUAUGAUGCAAACAAGAAGAAAAAUAAACAUGUUGAAGAUUUUUCGGAGUGUUCAAUGUCUGACGGACAAGAGAUGUCAGAUCACUUCACGCCCAUCCGAGACUAUGCUGACGUCUAUUACAGUUGCUGGGCGAUCUCGAAUAGCAAUUAG